AUGAGUGCUAAAGGAGUCAACGAAGUCGAGCUGUCUGGCGACAUCGACUUCAUUAAGACCCCUGCAGCCAAACCUGCGAAGCUCCAGACCGGAGAGGACUGUGGAAUUGGUCUGACAAACUUCCCAGCCAUUCACAAUGCGCCGCUGCCCGCGGAUGGCCCCGGAAAUGAAAGCUUCUCGAACCUUCUCCUAGGCGGCGUCCUCGUCGGAAUUCCUACAAUUCUUACCUACCUGCUCAAUGGAGGUCAGAAGACAUUCUUCUUCCUUUUAAUCCUUCUCUUCCUUCCUCUUUUGGUUGUAUUCUGGUCCUGGAAAUCCAGCAGCAGCCCCCGCACCAACGAAAAAGUCAAGCUACCCGGCCGACCCAUUGAAUAUUACUUGACCUUCAAGCGCGAAGCGGAUAAAGCGAAAUGGCACGGAAAGAACAAAGUUCCCCUCCAGCGAUUUGCGGAAAUGUACCUGGACGGCUUGGUGGAUUUCAACGGCGACGCACUUGAGGUCAUGGAAUACCGUCACGACUGGGCGAACUUCUCUUUUACCUUGGACCUCUUCAAGUUCAUCUUUUUCACCUUUUUCAAGGACAUCAUCUUCCACACCAAAGCCCAAGAUGAGGAACAGAUCCGUCCCAACUAUGAUCGCGGUAACGACCACUAUGCUUGGUUUCUUGGCCCUCGCAUGAUCUAUACCUCCGGCAUCAUCUCAGACCCGGAGAAGGAGGAGACCCUCGAAGAAAUGCAAGAUAACAAGAUGGCCAUCGUCUGCGAGAAGAUUGGCCUCAAGGAAGGCGAGACCAUGCUAGAUAUUGGCUGCGGCUGGGGAACCUUCGCUAAAUUUGCCAGUCUCAACUACGGCGCUAAAGUUACCGGACUUACUAUCGCGGAGAAUCAAACCGCUUGGGGCAACGACGCUCUCCGCAAGGCGGGGAUUCCUGAACAACAGAGUCGUAUUCUCUGCCUCGACUACCGCGAUAUUCCACGGACAAAAUAUGACAAGAUCACGCAGUUGGAAAUGGGCGAGCACGUUGGUAUCCGGAAGCUUACCACGUUCUUCCGCCAGUGUUAUGAUAUGCUCAAUGACGACGGUGCUAUGUAUGUUCAGCUUUCAGGUCUGCGUCAGGCGUGGCAGUACGAAGAUUUCAUUUGGGGUCUGUAUUUGAACAAGUACAUCUUCCGUGGCGCAGAUGCUUCAACUCCUCUGUGGUACUAUGUCAAGUGUCUGGAACAAGCUGGAUUCGAACUCAAGGGCAUUGAUACUGUCGGUGUUCAUUACUCCGGUACCCUCUGGAGAUGGUACCGGAACUGGACUGGAAAUGUGGACGCAAUCAAGGCCAAAUAUGGCCCCAGAUGGUAUAGAAUCUGGGAGCUGUUCCUCUCCUGGUCCGUUAUCGCCUCUCGGGAAGGCAUGGCCACCUGUUACCAGAUGGUUGUAGUCAAGAACCUGAACUCAACUCAUCGUAUUAACGGUGUCUCUUCUCAAUUUGGCCUGGCCGGUGCUCUCGCCACAAGUAAGAAGGCGGGCAAGUCUCAGCUGCAUUAG